UGUCUUUACAAGGUGGGUGACCCCAGCCAUUAUCAAUACUCUUCAGAGAUUAUAAGCCUGGUGUCAAUGGUCAGAUAACCAGGACUUGUGAUGUGCAACAGCUGCUCGUACAACCAUCCGCCACCUGCUCCCAUGGCUCCUCAUGAACCUGAUCAGGGGGAUAAGCAGGUGCUACACCUUGCCUAAGGGUGACCUGCAGGCCAACAGAGGGAAGGAGCACCUUACUCCUCCUUUGGUACAGACACAACUAUACCCGCCAUUCUGAGGUAAUAUUACUGCAAAUAAAUUAACAAAUAAUAAGGUAAAUUUAUGACGCGUCAAAAAGUAAACAGCAUAACGCUUCUGGUGCUUCAUACAUGAUGGGAACAGGAUGGUGCAGUGAAUUCAAUUGUCUCACAGCCUGGGGGAAGCAGCUGCUUCCCAUCCUAACAGCCCUUGCUUUAAUGCUAUGGUGCCUCCUGCCUGAUGCUAAGGGGUCAAAGAGAUUGUUGGAUGGAUGAGGGGGAUCACUGACAAUGCUAAGGGCCCUGUGGGCACAGCAUUCCUGAUAAAUAUCUCUCGGGGCUGGAAGAGAGAAACUGAUGAUCCUCUCAGCAGCACUCAUGAUCCUGGUGCUUCAUGCAUGUUAAGGUUCCUAUGUGGUGGCAGGGUGUUCAGUUGACUCACAGCCUGGGGAGAGAAGCAGUUUCCCAUCCUAACAGCCCUUGUCCCACCGGCACGGUACCUCCUUCCUUAGGCUCCCAUCCGAAGUACUUAUCAGGAAUGGGGUGCACUUGGGGCCCUUAGCAUUAUCAAUGGGUCUUCCCAUCCAUCGAGCAAUCUCUUUGGAUUGGGGAGCAGGAGACUGUUGGAUGGGUGGAUUGACAACGCUAAGGGCUCUGCAUAUACAGCGCUCCUGAUAAAGACCUGGGAAGGGAGCCUUCGUGCCCAGCUCAGUGAGCCCUGUGUGAAAGCAGCGUGACUGGUAUCUCCUUCCUCACCCUCUUCCUUUGCGAGGGAAACAGGUGAACAAUGUUCACAAAGCAGUUACCCAGCCCUCAUAGUUAUAACAAGGCAAGAAGUGGUAGUCAUGGAAACCAAAUGCUCCAACAUCUGCAGCGAAAGUAAAAGCAAGGCUAACAGAGCUGCUUGUUGUUUAAGUGUUACAGGUGAGGGCAGAUAUACGAUUAAGGGGCAUUGAGAACUGUCAGUAAAGCCACUGGAUUCACAUGGCAUCUCAGCCACCUGGUUGCCCCUCAAAGCCUUUGCACAGCCUGGAGUUUCCGAACUUUGACCCUAGGAAUGAAGUAAGCUCAUCAAGGAAAGCUGAUCAACUCAUUUUUGACAAGAUGAGAAGCGUUAAUUGUAGCUAGCAAUAUGCAAGUGGAAUAACAGCAGUGGAGGCCAUGAGGUUAGUGGGUUGCCAUUGUGGCAUGGUAGUGUAGUGGUUAACUUAACACUUUAUAGUGCCUGUUGUAAGAUCGGGGUUUAAUUCCUGCCGCUGUCUGUAAGGAGUUUGCAUGUUCUCCUUGUGGCCGCGUGAGCGUUUCAGGUGCCUCCCACUUUCCAAAAACCUACGAGUUAGGAUGAGUAAGUUGACGCUGGAAGCGUGGUGACUCUUGCAGGCUGCCACCAGCGCAGCCUGUACCGUUUUGGUCAUUGAUGCCAAGUAAUGCAUUGCACUGUAUACUUCAGUGUUUUCAUGUACACCUGACAAAUAAAGCCAGUCUUUACUGAUCUUUAUCUUUAAAACACAAGUGGUUCGUUAACAUCUUUUUGAAGAGGAAAUUUGUCAUCACGGCCACAAUCCUUCCCACCACCGAGGACAUCUUCAAGAGGCAGUACAGAUUAUUUAUUUACUUAUUGAGAUACAACAUGGAACGGGCCCUCGUGGUCCUUCAAGCCGCACCACACAGCAAUCCCCCGAUUUAACCCUAUCCUCGUCACAGGACAAUUUACAAUGACCAAUUAACCUGCUGAAUGGUACGUCUUUGGAUGGUGGGAGGAAACCCACAGGUUUAUGGGGAGACUGACAGCUGAACCUGGGCUGCCUGUACCGGAAAGCCUUGCACUAACCACUACACUAUCGUGCCAGCUCAGGAGUGCGGGCUGACAAGUGAGAUGCAAGGGCUGCCUAUUGAUGCAAUUACAUAGGACCAGAGGCCAUAUUUCAUUAAGAGUUUCAGUAGGCUCGGUAUGUCACCAUAGACCCUUGCAAGUUUCUACAGGUGAGCAUUUUAACCGGUUGUGUCACCGUCUGGAGUAGAGGGGCCACCGCACAACUUCAGAAGAAGGUACAAAAGUUGCAGACCUAGCCAGUUCCAUCCUGGCCACUAGCCACCCAGCAUCGAGAGCACCUUCAAAAGGUGAUGCCUCUAAAAGACGGCAUCCGUUAAUAAGGACUUCCAUCACCCAGUAUAUACCCUCUUCUCUUGUGUAGCUCGAUCCUGGACUUCCUGUCAGAUGGCUAGCAGUGGUAAGAGUAAACUCCCUCACUUUUUCCCCUCAGACCCUCAACACAGGUGCCCCUCAGGGCUGUGUACUAAGUCCCCUCCUUAACUCUCUGUAUACCCAUGACUGUGUCACUACCUACAGCUCCAAUCUGCUAAUUAAAUUUGCUGAUGACACCACACUGAUUGGCCUAAUCUCAAAUAAUAAUGAGGCAGCCUACAGAGAGGAGGUCAUCACCCUGACACAGUGGUGUCAAGAAAACAACCUCUCCCUCAAUGUCAGAAAAACAAAGGAGCUGGUUGUGGAUUACAGGAGGAAUGAAGGCAGUUUAACCCCUAUUGACAUCAAUGGAUCUGGGGUUGAGAGGGUGAACAGGUUUAAGUUCCUCGGCAUAAACAUCACCGAGGAUCUCACGUGGUCUCUACGUACCGGCUGUGUGGUGAAAAAGGCACAACAGUGCCUCUUUCACCUCAGAUGGUUGAGGAAGUUUGAUAUGGCCCCCCCAAAUCCUAAGAACUUCCUACAGGGGCACGUUUGAGAACAUGAUGACUGCCUGCAUCACUGCCUGGUCUGGGAACUGCACCUCCCUAAAUCACAGGACUCUGCAGAGAGUGGUGCGGACAGCCCAGCGCAUCUGUAGGUGUGAACUUCCCACUAUUCAGGACAUUUACAAAGACAGCUGUGUAAAAAGGGCUUGAAGGAUCGUUGGAGACCCGAAUCACCCCAAACACAAACUGUUCCAGCUGCUACCAUCUGGGAAAUGGGACCGCAGCAUAAAAGCCAGGACCAACAGGCUCCGGGACAGCUUCUGCCACCAGGCCAUCAUGUUGACACAACUGUAUUUCUAUGUUAUAUUGACUAUACUGUUUUACAUAUUAUUUAUUAUAAAUGACUAUAAAUUGCACACUUAGAUGGAGAUGUAACGUAAAGACUUACACCUCAUGUAUAUGAAGGAUGUGCUUCUCUACAACUGGUGAAAUGUUGAUUGUAUUGACCUCUGAAUUCACGUUAGUUAGUGGAUUUUUAUCAAUCAUCCACUGGUUAAUUGAAUUACAGUAAAAAAGGUGCAAAUUCAAAGAAGAUGUGUGGGCCAGGUAUUUUUACUCGGAGUGGUGGAUGACUGGAAUGUGCUUCUAGGGGCUGUUACGGAGCAGAGGCAUUUAAGACGCCCUUGGAUAGGCACAUGAAUGUGCAGAGAAUAGAGGGAUGGUGACAUUCUGCAGGCAGAAGGAAUUAGGUUAGUUAAAUUUAAUUAGUUAUUUAAUUAGUUUGGCACAACAUCAUUGGCCCAAGCUGUUGCUGUUCCUGUUCCUGUUCAAUGGCGUAUGUUCCCACAACAAAUGGACUCACUUUUAAGGACUCUUCAUCAUAUGCUCUUGAUACUUGUUGCUUAUUCAUUUUUUUUCAUUUUUGCACAGUUUGUUGUCUUCUGCACUCCGGCCGAACGCUCAAGUCCUUUCUGUGCAUUAGGUGGCCAUCUUGCAUGAUUCAAUAACUGUGAUUACACUUCACAUUAGUUCAUGAUAUACACUCGGUGGCCUCUUUAUAAAUUACCUCCUGUACCUAAUAAAGUGGCCACUGAGUGUAUGUUUGUGGUCUUCUGCUGCCGUAGACCCUCAGGUUCAACGUUUGAUGCUCUUCAGUACACCACUAUUAUAAAGUGUGGUUAUUUGAGUGACUGUCGCCUUCCUGUCAGCUUGAAGCAGUUCUUUUCUGUCCUUUCUCAUUAACGAGGAAUCUACCACUCACUGAUUUUUUUUUUGUUUCUCGCACCAUUCUCUGUAAGCUCUAGAGACUGUUGUGCAUGAACAUCCCAGGAGAUCAGCAGUUCCUGAGAUACUCAAACCACCCCGUCUGGCACCAUCAAUCAUUCCACAUUCAAGGUCAUUUAGAUCACUUCUCAUCCCCAUUCUGAUGUUUGGUCUGAACAAUAACUGAACCUCUUGACCAUGUCUGCAUGUUUUUAUGCAUAGAGUUGCUGCCACAUGAUUGGCUAAUCAGAUAUUUGCAUUAACGAGUAGGUGUAUAAGUGUACCUAAUAAAGUGGUCACCAAGUGUAUAACUGUGAUUACACUUCAAAUUAAUUCAUGAUAUAUGCGUUGUUAUGACACAUUUCUCAGAGGUGCUAAUGAACGGAUAAUCUUUCUUUACUCAUUGAUGCAAAUUGCAUUAAUAAGUUCUAACAGGAAUCGUUCUUGUGGCUGUUACACACGGGCAUUUUCUGACGUCAAUGGGAAAAAAAACCAAACCCCAGUCUGGACUCAUGGGUUGAAUUUUACCCUUUCAACAUUGGGAUGUGGUUGCAGCUCUAACCCACAGUGGAGUACUCCUGGCAACGACUGUAGAUCUGUGGAUGUAAAAAAAAAUUCCACAGUAAUUUGUCGAGAUGAAGACUACAUUUUGAUAAACAAACUAAGCUCCUCCUGAAAUGAUUUGUAACCGAUGAUGGCCAUUCACAAAGAGUUUUCACCAUCCACAUUUUAAGCCAGCCAGCAGCUAUUUAAAGGGGAGAUUAAUAGUUUCUUGAUUAGAAAGGGCGUCAAAGUUUACUAGGAGGAGGCAGGAGAAUAAAACUGAGAGGGAAAAUAAAUCAGCCAUGAUGGAAUAGCAGAGCAGCCACUUUGGGCCAAAUGGCCCAAUUCUGCUUCUGUGCCUUGUCGUCUUAUGGAGCUACUGGAGAUACCAAGCAGGUGAGGCAACAUCUUUGGGAGUUAAAAAAAAAUUGUUUCAGGCCCAUGAUCUGAGUGGAGAGUGAGGGGUUCUGUAGAAAGUUCAAAGUUCAAUGCAAAUGUAUUAUUAAAGUACGUAUAUGUCACUAUAUACUAUCAUAAAAUUUGUUUUCUUGUAGUCAUUCAAAGAUAGAAUCAAUAAAAACCACAGAAACUGCGACUGACAAGCAAUGAAGGUGCAAAAGAAGACAAGGUGGGCAAAUACAAAAAAACAAAUAUUUAAUAAUGGUAAUAAUAAGUAAAUAAAUGAUACUGAGAACAUGAGCGUGUUUACCCUUUCAACAUUGGGUAUAUAUAUAUCUUUACACACACACACACACACACACACACACACACACACACACACACACACACACACACCACUAUGUCACUAUGUUUGAGGAGUUACAACACAUAAUAUGGACAGAUCAUGCAAAUAGUUUAAAAAGUAUAAACAGAAGCACCUGGAACUGCAGAAAGUGCAUUCGUCGCCGCCAGUGAAGUAGGCAUCACCCAUCUGAAUCAUAACCUCUCUUUCUUUCUCUACAGAUGCUGCUGGAGCUUGUGAGUAUUUCCAGCAUAUUGUGUUUUUAUUUUUCAGUGUUGGUCCUGGCUCAGUCAACUGGAUUUCUAGCCUUCAAUCAAAAGACUGUGAGUUUUGGUCCUGUUUCUGGGACUCAUGCACAAAAUCUAGGCUGAAUCUGCAAAUGUUGUUGCUUUACCAUGUGCUACCUCACUGUACUGUGUGAGGAUUUGAUUUGUGUAAGCAGUAUGCAAGACAAGCAUUUCACUGUACCUCGGUACAUGAGAGUAAAAAACCAGUUCCACUACAACUAUAGUGCUCUAUGAAUGCAGCAUUGUCAAUUAUACUGUUCACCUGGGUAAGACACUAAAAUGUGGACGCUCUGCUUGCUCAAGCAAAUAUACAGUCCAUCACUUUAGCCCAUCUUCAUCAGGAAGGCUCAAAGUAUGACCGCAGAAAAAGAAACUCAGAGUUGUACGUGGUGACAGGUAUGCAUGUACCCUGAUAGUAAAUUUACUUUGAACUUUGAGUAUCAAUAAGGGUACCUGACAUUUUGGCUAUUCUCUAUUCUCUCUUCUCUCUUCUGUCUUCUAGGUGAAGAUAUAGGAGUGUGAAACCCACAAGAAAGCAACAUCCUAAAUAACAACAAUAAAAAGAUUUGAAAAGGAAAAAAGCCACGUCCUUCAUCAAGGACCCCUACCAUCCAGGCCAUGUUCUCCUAUCACUGCUGCCAUCAGGAAGAAUGUCCAACAAAACAAGCAACAUGGAGUCCCUCCAGUUACCAGCAAUCUGAAAGGCUCACUGCGAAACUCAUCAUGAGGAAACAGCCACUGAGACACACAGAGACCAAUUUACAUAAAAGACUCUUCUUAUGUGAUAUAAGAGAUUCUACAGACGCUGGAAAUCUGGAGCAACAUACGCAAGAUGCUAAAGGAACUCAGCAGAUGAAGGAUCUCAGCCCAGAGCGUUGACUGAUCAUUUCCCUUAUAGAUGCUGACUGAGCUCUAGCAGCUUGUUUUCUCUCUCCAAAUUCCUGUAUUUGCCGUCUCUUCUGGUUCUGUGGCCUACGUAUGACUUCACUGCAUGCAUUACUUCCAACGUUCUCAUGGACAGCAGACGCUGGUGCUGCCAUCGAUGUAUGUAUUCUAUGAAUUGAAGCGUUCUCUCUGGGAUAUUAAUGGCUGGCUACAUAAAGCAACAUAAUAAAAACUUCUGAUUGACGAACCCUAUGGUGUACACCAUCUGGUCCAAGUGACUUAUCUACCUUCAGACCUUUCAAUUUCUCAAGAACCUUCUGUGGUGAACUACAUAUACCUGUCUGGACACGCCCCCUGCUGACUGCGCCUGUGGCUCCUCCCACAGACCCCGGUAUAAAGGCGAUCAAGGCCUGAGCCCGGCCUCUCAGUCUCCAGGAUGUAGUAUGGUGGUCAAUUGCUGCUUGUUCUUUCUUCCAGUCAAUAAAAGCCUAUAUCUUGCCUCACGUCUCAGAGAGUUAUUGAUGGUGCAUCAAUUUUAUUGACUGGAAGUUUUAAAACAUGGAAAGUAUUUUACAUCUCGAAAAAUUAGACUUGGACCCUCAAAACUCAGAAGCAGCUCUUGCCUUUGAACUCUGGCUUGCAUGCUUCCAAUCAUACUUGGAGGAGGUUCGUGCGACUGAGCCCGCUAUUAUGCACAGAAUUCUCCUCUCGAGGGUCACCCCGAAAGUUUACUCACUUAUCAGGGACCUGCCGACCUACGAAGGGGCACUGGACGCCUUCAAAAGACAGUACCUGCGGCCGGUGAACACCGUCUACACAAGACAUCGCUUAGCAACACGGCGACAGCGACCCGAAGAGUCGAGCAUCGAGUUUCUCCGAGCCCUACAGAGACUUGUGCGAACUUGCGACUGCAAAGGUCUGACGGUGGAACAACAUGCGGAGCUGCAAGUACGAGACACCUUCAUUACGGGGAUCAGGUCAGUGUACGUGCGCCAGUGGCUGCUGGAAAAUGCCGAUCUUACCUUACGCUCAGCGAUUGAGACGGCCGACACGUUGGAGGCUGCUCUGCACAACGCUGAUGCUGUCCAGCCGCGUGAUCCCCCGCCGGUUCCAUGGACACCUCAGACCCUGCCACCCGCGAGCAAAUUCACCGCCGCCGCUGCCAGUCGCAAGUCCACAAACUCCACAAAACCGACCACAGCUGCUGCCAGUCACAAGUCCGCGCAGUUUUAUUUCUGUGGACUCAAAAAGCACCCCUGAAAAUGCUGCCCGGCCCGUGAAGCAACCUGCUCCAGCUGCGGGAAGAAGGGCCAUUUCGCCAAGGUCUGUAAGUCUGAAACACGAGUGGGGUCGGGCAGCGCUGCGUGUGAGGCAUGGGGGCCGCCAUUUUGGUCACUGCCAUCUUGCCUGCCCACCUCGUGUGAGGCAUGGGGGCUGCCAUCUUGCCUGCCUGGAUGUUGGCGGCCAUCUUUGUCGGCGCCAACUCGCCCUGCCCCCGACCCACCGGUGCUUACCGGGCACCAAGACAGCAGUUCAACUCUGGCCUCCGUAACCCUCGACCAAAGCGCCCCACACCAGCUUGCAAGGUCAAUGAUGGACAUCCUGGUGGAGGGGCACAGGACCAGCUGCCUGUUUGACACGGGCAGCACUGAGAGUUUAAUUGACCAGGACACAGUGCAACGCUGCGGACUCGUGACACAGCCGGUAAGCCAGAGAGUCACCAUGGCUUCUGGGUCGCAUUCCACAGACACAACUGUGCGCGCCUGUGCUAUUGGGACUGGACUUCCAGAGCCACCUCGAAAGUGUGACUAUGGCAUAUGAUGGGCCCCUCCCACCACUCACUGUCAGGAAUCCUCAGUUUUGUGGGACUUCGUCAUAUACCCCGCUACUGACCACACACACACACCGACCCACACAUCCCACCCAGCACCAUACCGACAGCUGCGCUACCGACACCACUUGCAGCCUCUCCACCCUCAAGAUCCCUCCCCCAUCGCUGUUCGCCAACCUGACCCCCGACUGUAAACCUGUGGCAACUAAAAGCAGGAGGUACAGCGCGGGGGACAGGGCCUUCAUUCAGUCAGAGGUGCAGCGGCUGCUCAGGGAGGGGAUCAUUGAGCCAAGCACAAGUCCUUGGAGGGCCCAGGUGGUCGUUGUUUGGACUGGGCAGAAAAAUAGGAUGGUCGUGGGCUAUAGCAAGACCAUCAAUAGGUUCAUGCAGCUUGACACGUACCCCUUACCCAGCAUCGCGGAUGUGGUCAAGCAGAUAGCUCAGUACAAGGUGUACUCGACCAUAGAUCUGAAAUCUGCUUACCACCAGCUCCCCAUCCACCCAGAGGACUGCCCCUAUACCGCCUUCGAGGCGGGCAGCAGGCUCUAUCGCUUCCUGCGCGUCCCCUUCGGUGUCACAAAUGGUGUCUCUGUCUUCCAGAGGGAAAUGGACUGGAUGGUGGACCAGUGCCAACUGAAGGCCACAUUUCCCUAUCUGGAUAAUAUCACCAUCUGUGGUCACAACUGGCUGGAUCACAAUGCCAACCUCCAAUGAUUUUUCCAAGUGGCCAAAGCCCUGAACCUUACUUAUAACAAGGACAAGUGUGUGUUUGGAACCACCCGACUCGCUAUCCUUGGGUAUGUCGUGGAGAACGGGGUCAUUGGCCCUGAUCCCGACUGUAUGCGCCCCCUGUUAGAACUCCCUCUUCCCACCACCCUCAAAGCCCUCAGACAGUGCCUGGGCUUCUUUUCCUAUUAUGCCCAAUGGGUCCCCCAUUACGCAGACAAGGCCUGCCCUCUGGUCAAGUCUACCACAUUUCCCCUCUCUGCCGAGGCCCACGCAGCCUUCAGCUGCAUUAAAGGGGACAUUGCCAAAGCAACGAUGCUUGCAGUGGACAAGACCAUUCCCUUCCAAGUAGCGAGUGAUGCCUCCGAUUUCACGCUAGCUGCUACCCUCAAUCAGGCAGGCAGGCCAAUAGCAUUCUUUUCUCGUACCCUUCAAGGCCCUGAAAUUCGGCACUCUGCGGUGGAAAAAGAAGCCCAGGCCAUAGUGGAAGCUAUUAGGCACUGGAGGCACUAUCUCACCGGCAGAAGGUUCACCUUGCUGACCGACCAGCGCUCAGUUGCGUUCAUGUUUAGCAACCAACAGCAGGGCAAAAUCAAAAAUGAUAAAAUUUUGUGAUGGAGAAUAGAACUCUCCACCUACAACUAUGAUAUCCUGUACUGGCCUGGAAGGCUCAAUGAGUCCCCUGAUGCCCUAUCCCAGGGAGCAUGUGCUAGCGCACAGCUCGACCAGCUAUACGCCCUCCAUGCACAUCUUUGCCACCCGGGGGUCACCCGAUUUUACCAUUUCAUGAAAGCCCAGAACCUGCCGUACUCCCUUGAGGACAUCAGGAUGAUGACCAGGGACUGCCAAGUCUGCGCUGAGUGCAAGCCACACUUCUACCGUCCUGAAAAGGUGCAACUUAUCAAGGCCACCCGCCCCUUUGAGCGACUGAGUGUUGACUUUAAGGGCCCCCUUCCCUCCACCAACCGCAAUAUCUACUUUCUCAACAUUAUCGACGAGUACUCGCUGUUCCCCUUUGCCAUCCCCUGCCCCGACACCACUGCCACAUCCGUCAUAAAAGCCCUGCGCCAGCUCUUCACUCUGUUCGGAUAUCCCUGCUAUAUCCACAGUGAUAGAGGGUCCUCCUUUAAGAGUGACGAGCUGCGCCAGUACCUGCUGGCUAGGGGCAUUGCUACUAGUCGGACCACGAGCUAUAAUCCCCGGGGAAAUGGACAGGUGGAGAGGGAGAAUGCCACAGUGUGGAAGGCCACACUUUUAGCCCUUAAGUCAAAAGGAUUGCCGGUCUCUCGAUGGCAGGAGGUCCUCCCUGAGGCACUCCACUCUAUCCGCUCCCUGUUAUGUAUGUCCACCAAUGCCACCCCUUACGAGCGCCUAUUCUCUUUUCCCAGGAAGUCUGCCACUGGGACCACCCUACUGGCUUGGCUGAUGUCCCCAGGGCCAGUGCUGCUCCGGAAACAUGUGAGGAGCAAUAAAUACUCCCCGCUGGUCGAGAGGGUUCAUCUUCUACAUGCGAACCCCCAUUAUGCCUACGUGGUCUUACCUGAUGGGCGGGAGGACACUGUCUCCAUCCGCAACCUGGUGCCCACAGGAGCAGCAGACCACUACCCCGAACACUCCACGGUAACUAUGAACCGGUGACACCGCGCACACCUAGCCCUACACAGACUCCUCACGACACUCCUAUACCGGGCGUCUCGCACACGCAUAUACCAGGUGCCUUGCACACGCAUGAGGGAUCACUGACGCCUAGUGGGCUGACACCUCCAGUUAGGCCAGAACCAGCACAACCACCGUCUCUGGUGCAAGCACCACCGGCUCCUGUGCAAUCACAGCCGGUGCUACGUAGAUCGCAGCGACAGAUUUGACCACCUGAUAGACUUAACCUGUAAAUAUACUUGUCAGAAACUUUGCCCCAUGGGGACUCUCUUUUAAAACAAAGGGGGGGGGGGGUGAAUGUGGUGAACUACAUAUACCUGUCUGGACUCGCCCCCUGCUGACUGCUCCUGCAGCUCCUCCCACAGACCCCGGUAUAAAGGCGAUUGGGGCCUGAGCCGUGCCUCUCAGUCUCCAGGAUGUAGCAUGGUGGUCAAUUGCUGCUUGUUCUUUCUUCCUGUCAAUAAAAGCCUAUAUCUUGCCUCCCGUCUCAGAGAGUUGUUGAUGGUGCAUCACCUUCUCCCUGGUAAUGGUAACUUUAUACACUUCACGAUCCCUGACACCUGGAACUUCCACUGUACUUCUCGUGUCUUCCACAGUGAAAACUGAUACAAAAUACUUAUUGUUAAUUUGCCAUUUUUGUGUCCCCAUUACUACCUCUCCAGCAUUGUUUUCCAGCAGUCAUAUCCACUCUCACCUCUCUUGUACACUUUUAGUUUCUGAAGAAACUUUUGUUAUCCUCUUUAAUAUUAUUGGUUAGCUUACUUUCAUAUUCCAUCUUUACCUUCUUAGUGAGUUUUUCAGUUGCCUUCUGUUGGUAUUUGUAAGCUUCCCAAUCCUCCGACUGCUCUAUUAUAACCCCUUCCUUUCGCUUUUAUGUUGGCUUUGAUUUCUCUUGUUGCUAUGGCUGUGGCAUCUGGCUAUUAGAAUACUUCUUCCUCUUUGGGAUGUAUAUAUCCUGUGUCUUCUGAAAUACUUCCAGAAAUUCCAGCCAUUGCCGCUCUGCCAUCAUCACUGCCAGUGUUCUUUUCCAAUCAAUUCUGGCCAACUCUCUUGUGCCUCUGUAAUUCCCUUUACUCCACUGCAAUACUGAUACCUCUGACUUUAGCUUCUCCUUCUCAAAUUUCAGGGUGAAUUCAAUCAUAUUAUGAUCGCUUUCCCCUAAGGGUUCUUUUACCUUAACUUCUCUCAUCAAUUCUGGUUCAUUGCACUACACCCAAUCCAGAACAGCUGAUCAACCAUGAGCUGCUCUAAAAAGCCAUCUCAUAGGCAUUCUAGAAAUUUCCCCUCUUGGAAUCCAGCACCAACCUGAUUUUCCCAAUCUACUGCAUACUGAAAUCCCCCAUGACUAUUGUAAAAUUGCCCUUUUGGCAUGCAUUUUCUAUCUCCCGUUGUAAUUUGUAGACCUUACAACUGUUUGGGGGUCUGUAUACAACUCCCAUCAGGGUCUUUUUACCCUUAGCUCGGUCCACAAUGAUUCAACACCUUCUGACCCUUUGUCAACUCUUUUUAAUGAUUUGACUUCAUUUUUUUUUACCAACAGAGCAACACCGCCCCCUCUGCUUUCAAUACAAUGUGCAUCCUUGUACGUUAAGUUCUCAGCUAUAAUUUCUUUCAUUCAUUAUUCAAGUGAUGCCUUCAACAUUGUACAUGUCAAUUUGUAACAUACCCGAACAUUUUGACAAGUUCUGUUCCAUAUUCACUAGUAUUCAUUGUUUUACUAUGAAUAAUAGACAGAUUGUAAUAAAUGAAGCAUUUUAGAAAACCUGAUGAAAAUGUAUUAAUAUUCAUAUUUGAAAAACAAUUGAAAAAUGAAUAAUCAUGGAGGUGUUGUUCUACAUACAGUAUUUACUCUUAUUAUCACUGAAUAUCCAGUGCUCACUCACAAAUGACAAGAAAAAAAAUACCAGCUGGGUGAAGUCAAUGCCAUCUGCCCCAGCUGUUUAUUAUACAAAUACCGAUGCAUACACCUGUCAGUGAAGACUUUGCAAUGUCAUGUGUUCUUACAACCAUCUAGUUGGCGCCAAAGCCAGCAUGACACACUUAUUGUGAAAACAUCUCACUACUCAUGGGCUGUAAAAAUCAUUUACAGCUUCAUUUGGCAGUAAAGAUAAGAAUUAUGCAUCUUUUUAUUAUAUGUGGGGGUUUAAAGAAUCGAGGGGAGGUACUGUAUGUCACGUGCCAACAGAUUUUUUUUUGGCAUGCCGUCUUGGGCACACUUGUCCGAGGUUUGCCAGCCUGGCCCAAAUCAUCUCAGUUUAGCAAUACUACGACCACCUUGCUCACUCUACACUAAAAUGCGCUUGUUCUUUUAAAAAUUGUUUAUAAUUUAUGUUUAAUUAAUGUUUUUCUUGUGAAUGCUGCUGAUACAACGCAAUGAGCCUGCAAUGCUGUUGCAAGUAAGCUUUUCAUUGCACCUGUGCAUACAUGUGCUUGUGUGUCUGACAAUAACCUCGACUUUGGUUUGGACUUCUAUGUACCUAAUCUGGGGGAGGGUCUGUACAGUACUGUGUUAAACUCUGCAGCACACGUAAAUAAAAUUCUUUAAAGUGAAUAUGCUUUCAAAAAUAAUGAAAUAAAAACUUUCUAAUGUAUUUACUCUAAAGAGCAGUAAACAGUAAAAAAAAUACCAAAUCAAACCAAUAUUUGGUGAACCCAUCCCUUGCCUUUAAAGCUGCACCAAUCCUCUUAGGUUGUGCGGUUUUAUAAGAAAAUCAGCUGGUAGGUUGGAGGUUAUACGGUUCCUCUGCAUAAUUUGGCUGCUUUGCUUGUUUCUGUCUCUCCAGGUAACCCCAGACAGACUCAAUGACGUCAGGGCUCUGUGGAGGCCACACCAUCUGAAACCGUAUAUAUAAAAAAAAAUCCUAGGGGGCCGAGAACUUCAGCACAGUACUGUAAAGCACAACUGUGCCACAGUCGCAUUCCAGCUACCUGCCUAACUUCCACACUCUUUUAGUCUACAGUAAAUCCUUGACUUAUUGGGAGGCUGUUCCUGAUUCUCACCAGGAUUCCUGUUGGAAUGUGCCUUGUACAUCUGCAAAAUAGAACUCUUCCCAUUGAUUCUACCUGAGAGUUCAUUGGUGUGCAGAUUUCUGCUUCCUCCAUUGAAGGUGCUGUUUUGUAGAGGCUGGUAACAUCUGUAAAGGGGGUUUCUUCUUUUUUCUUUGUUACUGUUGGGAAAGGGUUUCUUUUUGUUAACUAGCAGGAAUGCUAAUUUACUGAUAACAAGAAUGGUAUUCCUUUGUAAACCAAAUGGGGAUUAAUGUUCUUUCUUCUGAGUCUGUAAGCUUUUGUUGACGGGCUUUUUGGCAGAUCGGCGCGAGGGGGUCGAGAGAGAGGACGCAAUGCUCUAAGCUGGGCGAGGAUCGGACCCCAAAGGGGGGUCCGAGGCCGGGAGAUUCUCCGAGGGGGGGGGGAUGAAGCUAGAUGUGCUUGGUUGACCACUCGGAGGGUCCUGAGCUGUUUGGAGAGUUGAGGAGUUCGGAGGGUCCUGAGCUGCGAGUCGAGGAGUUCGGAGGGGAUCGAAUGGUGGCCAGAAGACUUCAGUAAUUGAGCUCCAACGGCUGUGCACGAAGUGGUUUGGACUUUGAUAAGUUUGGCGCCUUUUCUUUAAUUUUCUCUUCAUAUAUACUGUAUCGUUAUUAAUCACUUAGUUAUAGUAACCUUUAUAAAUUGUACUCAUUUAAUCGCAUAUGGUGUACUGUCUGUUUUUGGGCGAGGCGGGGACAUCACACAGCAUCCACACCAGCUGAUUACCCAGUUUGGCGGGGCCAAAGGCUGCUCCCCCUAGACGAAAUGAGCUGAGCGAGCCUGAGGUGACCCAGGGGGUUACAUUGUGGGGUGCUCGUCCGGGGUUGAUUUCUGUGGAGGCUGUGUGAUCACCCUAUUUAAAUUGUGUCUGCGGCGAAGAGCUGGUGUGCCUUUGUGGGUGUGCGAUUGCUGGUGAUCGCUGCGUGUGUGUUGGGUGGGGUGGCCGCUGUUGGUAGCCUGGAGGUCGUUGUUUGAGUUCCGACUAGUGCUGACAAAAUGGUGGUGGGACCAUGGGUUGUCCGUUCUGUUUGGAGAUUGAGAAGUGACAGGUUGGGAUGUUUCAGCAGUGGUGAGCUCCGCCCAGUUAUUGGAAUAAUGUCCAGCCCUAAAGGGGCGGAAGCGUGGGCGGAGCGGACCCCUCAGUUAUUGGGUGAGUGGCAGUGCUUGGCUGAGGAAAAGCGUCAGGGAUGGGUUGAAAGUUUGAGUAGGCGGGCUGGUGACUUUGUUAGAACUGUCGGGCGCAAUUAUCUCGAAGUGACCGCUGCCAGUUCUGGGAAAGUGUGCGAAAAUGCGUGUGGUUCGACAGGAAGUCAAAUGCCGCAGCUGGGGGGCUUAUCAUAGCCGUGGCAGGAGAUUGGUGGGAAGUUUUUAGGGUAUCCCUUUUUGCCUAGGGGGGCAGAUAAAUUGCUUGUGGUGCCAAGGGGAUCUGUCAAGGGGAUCAGUUGUUCCGUUGAUUCGAGAGGUGUCGGGAAACUUAGAGGAGGCCUAGUGGGGGAACGGCUUGGGGUCUCUGGGGGAGCACGUUCCCAGCAAUGUACCAAGGAACUCCCGAAAGGAGCAGACUCUAUUCCUGAAGGCUUAGAGGGGCCAUGCGCACAAGUGUUGUUACGGAUGGAUGGAAGUCAAGUUAAAGCCAUCCUCGGCACCGGGGCGCUGGUUAAGUUGCUGUACAGUUUGUUUUAUAACCGUUAUUGGAAGCAUUUACCCUUGACGACAUUGAGGGCACUGGAGAUUUGGGGUACCAGUGCCGGUGAUUAUCCAGACAACGGUUGUUGGUCAGUGAAAAUGGAGUUCUUAGAGGCAAAUGUGGAGGAGACUGAGGUUCAUGAAUCGUUAAUGCUGAUGUGUCUGGACACUGUUGAGACGGGCAGCAUUUCUGUUCUAGAGAGAACUAAUAUCCUGCUGGUGCGCUUGGGGCCUGCCCGGAGGAGGCGGGUGAGCGCUGUUUGGAGGCAUUGUCGAUGCACCCAGAGUUUCAAGUUGCUUGUGCGGACGUGUGUAGCAGCAUUGGGCUGAUACCGAAUUCAAACAAGAGCCGGUGGUGGUACGGCCUGGGGGAAGUAUCUGAGGGUGAGACCCUCUUAGUGGACACUGCGAAAUACCACGAGGGAGGGGAGUUGACUGCUGAAGGCACCUCGGAGAGAGAGAGGUUGCGGCGACUGGCCCCUACAGCCGUGGAAGAUGUAGGCAGCGUGUGUGUGGAUUAUAUUGCGUUGAAGAGGCGCACUGUCAGUGACCAGAAUAUGGCCCUGAGGGCCAGAGAGGCGAUGGCCUGUCUGAGUGGUGUGAAGUGGUUUAAGGUGCUGGAUCUGAGGAGUGGAUGUUGCCAGAUCCCGAUGAGUGGGGCCGACAAGGACAAGACGGCCGUUAUAAAUUCCCUAGGAGUCUUCGGGUCCGAAAAGAUGCCACAGGGCAUAUCUGGAGCCCUUGCAACCUUCCUGCGGGGCAGGUGGAAGACCAUAGGGGAUGUGGAGGCGUUUGGAGUUUUGGUGUAUGUGGAUAAUCUCUUGGUAUUUGGAUUUGCCUCAGGAGAAUAUGAAGUGAGGUCGUUGCAGGAGCAGCUGAGAACUACCGAGUUAAAGUGUUUUCUGGACACGUGUCAGGGCUGGCGAAGGUCGCAGCUCGUGAGUGACUGUCUCUACGGAAUCAAGUUUGAAAUGAAGACGGAGAGACUGGAGAAAGUGAUCUGGAACCAGUCGGAAGACUUACAAGUUGGAGAGAAUGAAGAAAGUUGUCUGACUGAGGGUAAUAGCAAACUGAGAACCCAGAGAGGGGAGUUUGCGGAGGUGAAGAAAUUACAGACGAAUCUCAGAAGAGAGAAGCGGAAGCUUGAAAGGAACCUGAAGAUGACCAUCGACAGUUCAAAUGAAGUGCAAAACCUGAAAGUUGAUCUGGAAGAAGUCAUGAGGAAGAAAAAUCUGGAGAGAAGUGCAGUGAAUACUGAACAGGAGGCUGAAGAGACUGCGGGAGCAGUGCAGGCCACGUGUUUCCUUUUGGAGAAGAUCAAACAGCAGCUACCGAUCACAGGAAUGAGGAAGAAUACAGAUUCGAUGGAUGAUGUGCUGGAUGUGUCGUACAUGCUGCCUUUUGCUGACUUUCCCUCGAUUGAGGAAGAGACCUUUGGCCUCCCAUUGAGUCAGGUGUAGCGGGGAGGGUUAGCUGUGUGCAGUGUGGGGCAUGAGUGCGAGGUUGAGAGAGGAGUUGGUAGUGGGCCCAAGGUAUCCCCAGUUGUGUCCGAGCCUGAAGGGUUUAGGUGAGGGGGUACGGAGGCCUCAGAAGGGUUAGGGAACUCCCAGAUAGUUGGCCUAAGUAGCGCCUGAGGAACAGGGCGUGUGGGGAGGAGAUGUCACUGUUUGUGCUUGGGUUACGGUGUGUUGGCAGGAAAGGUGGCGAGUUAUUUAGUAGUCAUGAGGACAUGACUUUUAUUUGGUGGAGGGAGAGUGUAAAGGGGGUUUCUUCUUUUUUCUUUGUUACUGUUGGGAAAGGGUUUCUUUUUGUUAACUAGCAGGAAUGCUAAUUUACUGAUAACGAGAAUGGUAUUCCUUUGUAAACCAAAUGGGGAUUAAUGUUCUUUCUUCUGAGUCUGUAAGCUUUUGUUGUCGGGCUUUUGGGCAGAUCGGCGUGAGGGGGUCGAGAGAGAGGACGCAAUGCUCUAAGCUGGGCGAGGAUCGGACCCCAAAGGGGGGUCCGAGGCCGGGAGAUUCUCCGGGGGGGGGGGGGAUGAAGCUAGAUGUGCUUGGUUGACCACUCGGAGGGUCCUGAGCUGUUUGGAGAGUUGAGGAGUUCGGAGGGGAUCGAAUGGUGGCCAGAAGACUUCAGUAAUUGAGCUCCAACGGCUGUGCACGAAGUGGUUUGGACUUUGAUAAGUUUGGCGCCUUUUCUUUAAUUUUCUCUUCAUAUAUACUGUAUCGUUAUUAAUCACUUAGUUAUAGUAACCUUUAUAAAUUGUACUCAUUUAAUCGCAUAUGGUGUACUGUCUGUUUUUGGGCGAGGCGGGGACAUCACACAGCAUCCACACCAGCUGAUUACCCAGUUUGGUGGGGCCGAAGGCUGCUCCCCCUAGACGAAAUGAGCUGAGCCAGCCUGAGGCGAUCCAGGGGGUUACACAUCUUAACACUUGUCCUAAGCAUGCACAUGUACUUUGCAAGAGAGGAGCCAGGCUUUGUCUUAAUGCAGAUACGCACCAACGGACCGAUGCAGCCAUCAGCUAAUAGGACAUAAUUGAGACAGCAUGUUUUCCUUGAACUUGGAUAUUCCUCGUCUGUACGGGUUACCGAGGGAACUCAGUGGCAGGCAGUGUUCUGGUCUAAAAGCCUCCCACGCAUUGGGAGUAUUGUCUUGGGAAAUGCUGGAGUCACACUGAUUUCAGGAAAUGACUGCAAUGCAGACCAAUGUAAGAGAAAUCAAUCUGGACAUUGAAAAGCUUCGCCUUUAUUGUAAUCAGUGUAUUGGCAUUACUACAGAUAAAGGAG